AUGACAGAUGUUGUACCGGUGGUGUUGUGGUGUUGUAUAAGCCGUAAGCGCACCAGCAGAAACCGACAGAAGCGAGGGGCAUUCAUUUGGCGUCGUUCAUAUACUGUGACUUUGAGAAAAACUUUUCGUCCGCAUAGGGUUUUUGUGAAAAAUGGACCAAGAGAAGGAAAUGUUCACAUAUAAUGAGGCAAAGGACCUUCUUAAGGAAUCAUGGAGAAUAAAAAACUUUGAAGAACGUUUGAAGAAUGACAGAAAGAAUCUUGUGGAUGAAAUAGUUCAAGUUAUCCAUGAGAAUGUUGCUUUUCAAAGUAUUUCAAUGCUCAGUACCUCAGACAGAAAUAAACGACCAUCAAAUAAGGAAAUAAAAGAAAGAUGUGUUUUGGGUGUGGGUGGUUUAUGCUGUGAGUUGGCACCUUUCACAUGGGGUUUAUUUAAGGCUCUGGGGUUCUCUGUCAAAAUGCUCAACUCAAGAGUGACAUCCACGAUGACUACACCAAACAAUCAUGCAUUAGUGUUAAUAUUUGGCCUUGAGAAUCAGACUGAUAUUCAUCUCAUUGAUUGUGGUACUGGCUUUCCAACUUUUCGUGCAAUUUCAAUAAAUUUUUCCAAAGAAUCUCCAAUAUUCAGAGAUAGCUUUUUGGAAUACAAAUAUAUUCGUCUUAAUAAUGGACUGAUUUUACGCAUGCACGGAGAGGGUGACAGGUUUAGAACUAAUAACCCACCAAAAGAAGGCCUUGAUUUCUUCAUAGGCCAUUGGCGACGUUUCUAUUCUUUCGACCCCUCCCAAAACCCGCACGAUCCCCAACAGCCUGGAGAAGAUGCUUAUCGAACGGUAGUUGCUGGCCUUUCUCCGUUUACGUCGUCCCCACGUGCUAUUUGGUUUCCAAGAAAACAUGCUGUGGCCAUUACUAACAAUAAGUUGAUGAUCGAGAAUGAGGAUGGAAAAUUGCUGACAACCGUAUUGGAAAAUGAUGAAGAAAUUUUAAAGGCUUAUAAAGUCCAUUUUCCCCAACUAAAGCAAGAAACAGUACAACGUGCUUUGGCAGAAUGGCAUCGUGUGGCCGAGUCAUGAAACCGUACACCCCCCAACCACCCCCUUUCCACAUGGAUGACCCUUUCCUACAACUAGAAAGCUUAAUGUUGUAUAAUAUAACGAUUAUUCAGUAUAUUCACGAGCGAUUUUCCAGGCGAAAAUAUGAUCAAUGAUAAUCUAAUGUAAUCAUUGAACAGUGAACACUGUAGACAUUCAAUUUCCGACAAUACUUUAAAUAUGUAAAAUGCUGCAUUGCAAUUUACAC